AUGUAUUACCACAACCAGCACCAAGGAAAGAGCAUCCUCUCUUCAACGAGAAUGCCCAUUCCUUCUGAAAGACAUCCUUUCCUCAGAGGAAAUGGCGCAGGAGAUUCUGGACUCAUCCUCUCAACCGAUGCCAAGCCACGACUAAAAUGGACUCCAGAUCUUCACGAGAGAUUUGUUGAAGCAGUCAACCAGCUUGGUGGAGGAGAUAAGGCUACUCCUAAGACGAUCAUGAAAGUCAUGGGUAUUCCAGGCCUUACCUUAUAUCAUCUCAAGAGUCAUCUACAGAAAUAUAGGCUGAGCAAGAAUCUUAAUGGACAAACUAACAGCGGUUUAAACAAGACAAGUGUGAUGACGAUGGUAGAAGAAAACACCCCUGAAGCAGACGAAAGUCACGGCGAGAGUUUAAGCAUUGUACCACAGCCGAGCAUGAACUUGCCCAUAAGUGAUGCACUUCAAAUGCAAAUAGAGGUUCAGAGAAGGCUGCACGAGCAACUUGAGGUACAGCGACAUUUGCAGCUCAGGAUUGAAGCACAAGGAAAGUACCUGCAAGCGAUUUUGGAGAAAGCACAAGAGACUCUUGGAAGACAGAACCUAGGUCCAGCUGGAAUCGAAGCAACCAAAGCUCAACUCUCAGAAUUAGUAUCCAAAGUGUCAUCAGAAUAUCCAGACACUAGCUUCCUAGAACCUAAAGAACAGCAAAUUAAUCUACGCCAACAACAGAUCAUGCAAACAACAACAUAUCCUCCACCUAACUCCUCCCUUGAAAGUUGCUUAACCUCAAGUGAAGGAACCAAGAAAGCCCCAAAAAUGGUUGAGAACAGAUUAGGUUUAAGAACGUAUAUUGGAGAUUCAACUUCAGAGCAGAAAGAGAUCAUGGAAGAACCAUUCUUCCAUAGAAUGGAGCUCACGUGGGCAGAAGAAGAAGGACUCAGAGAGAAUAAUAACCGGCAAUAUCUUUCGACGUCGAUGGUUAACAACGCAGAAGCAAGAACCUCGUCUUCAAGAAGAAGCCCUGGAAGAUUGUCUAUAGGAGUUGGAUUACAUGAACACAGAGGAAGGAGUAGCAACAAUGGGUAUACAGAGAAUGUCGUCGAAGAUUGCAAGCUCGAAACACGCAACAGAACAGCGUUAGAUCUUAACACACAUGACGAAAACUACGGCACAACGCGUCCUAAACAGUUUGAUUUGAAUGGUUUCAGCUGGAACUGA